AUGCAGCUGCCACUUCUCCUCGCUGCGCUUUCUGCGCAGGCAGUCCUCGCCGCACCCCGCAUCAAAAGAGAUGCCCUCAAAUCAUGUGUGGAGGAGGUUUUUGGAGGGAACGCAGCCCUGCGCAUCGUGACACCGACUGAUCCUACAUACCACGAUGCGAGGAUUGGAGAGGCCAUCCACUUCCUCGGAUACUCCGCCCUCCAAGACGCUCUCGUUAUCGACAUCACCCACAUCGACUACGUCAACAUCGCAGCAGACAAAAAGACCGCCACCGUCGGCGCCGGCAUCCGCUUCGGCGCCCUGUACACGGCCCUCGGGCAGCAAGGCCUCGACUGGACAGGCGGCAUCUGCCCCACCGUCGGUAUCUCGGGCUUCCUCUCCGCUGGUGGCUUCAACAUGCAGAUGCGCCAAAACGGCCUCGGCGUCGACAACGUCGAGUCCGCAAAGGUAGUCACCUCGGACGGCUGCGUCGUGACGGCCUCCCGCGACGAGAAUGCCGACCUCUUCUUCGCCAUCCGCGGCGGCGGCGGCGGGUCCUACGGCAUCGUCAUCGAGUGGACGCUGCGCAUGUACGAGUUCCCCCGGUCCGCCAUGGUGUACCUGCAGUGGAACGGCUCCGACACGCGGUUUGAUAUUGCAAAGACGUUCCACGAGUGGGCGCCCCGCGCGGACGCCGCCCUCAGCUCGCAGGUGAACUUGUACAAGAACCGGACCGACGUGAUUGGGUGGUGCUACGGCUGCACGCUCGACAAGCUGCAGGGCAUGGUGAACGCCUCCGGCCUCCUUGCCAUUGGCAAACCGGCGGCCUACAUCUCAGGCGGGUGCAACACCAUCAACGCCCGCCUCUUCGGCUACGGCGUCAACGAGUGCGGCGCCGACGAGGCCGUCGCGCAAGUCGCGCCGUUUGUCGUCAACACGAUCCAGCAGCCGUUUAUUCAGAUCCCCGGGUACGCAAACUUCACCUACAACGAGACGACAAAGGCGCCCGAGCUACCUCCCGCACAGCCCUGGGCGCGCUUCAUCCGCCUGUCGAAAUCCUUCAUGGUCCAAAAGGAUAAGCUGCUCACAGACGAGACGAUGAGGAACGCCAUCUCGCGGAUCGACGAGCUCGACGAUGCGGCGCAGGGAUGGAUUGAGUGGCACGCGUGGAACAUUUCGGUCGCGGGCGAUGCGGCGUUUGCGUGGCGCGAGCAGGCGUAUUCGCACAUGGAGUUCAUUGUGUCCAGCUCCGCGGAUGAGAAGGUCCAUGCUGGCUAUGUGAAGUGGUUCAAGAGCCUGGAGGACUACCUGCGUCCGCUUGUUGGAAUGGCAAGCUACUCGGGCUACAUGGACGACACGAUUUCUACUCCUACGCUUGAUUCGUACUAUGGCGGCAACGUCGCAAAGCUGUCUCAAAUCAAGUCCAAGUACGAUCCCCAGGGCUUCUUCGCGAACACCAUAAUCUGGCUCAAGACCUCAGACCAAUCCUUCGCAAUCCACAAGUCCCUCCUAGUCGAGUCAUCAAAGUACUUUCAACGCUGCCUCGACGGGCCCUUCGCCGAGUCCCACACAAACACAAUCGACCUCAACGACACCGACGGCGAUGCAGGCUCAGACGACGGCGAAGCCAACGUCAGCAUCAGCCCGCUAACCCUAGGCACCUACGUGAAACUAUGCUACUUCACCCGCCUCACAGCUCAACGCGUCAAACGCUGCCGCCGCAACGCGGCGGACCACCCGGGCGAGGACGCCGUCUACUACGAGGUGUCCCCCUUCUCCCUGAAACCCUGCGACAUGCACACCCCGCACGACCUGACGGAGCUCGUCGACAUGUGGUCCCUCUGCGACCGCUUCCACGACGACCUGCUUCUGGGCAAAGUAUCCACCGCCAUUCGGGAGACGCUCGACGUCGGGGCCACGAAGCUCGGUGGCGGCGGGGACGCACAGCAGCAGCAGCACGGCGCCGAGUGGUGGGUCUUCAACUUCGCCAACGGCUACGUCGCGCUGGCGAGCCUUCACCGGCGGAGGGACGACGACGUCGAAGGGUUGAUGGAGAGGUUGCGGGAUCUGUUUGUGCAGAACUGUUCGCCGGCUUCGUGGGAGAGGCUUGCGGGCCAGUUGCCGAGCGAGUUUGUGGUUGCGGCGUCGAUUGCGUUCCAGGCCAAGAUGGCCACGCUGAUGCCGCACGAGGCGGCGAUUGCGAGGGUGAAUGGGGCGAGUUUGUGUUAUGAGUGUAAGACUAGGGUCCAGACGGCUUUGAAGAGAUGA